AUGUACGGGACUGCCCCAUGUAUAUUGCACGGCACCGACGCCCACGACCCCGCCGACGAUCAGUUCUACCUGAAAUUCUAUCUAAGAGCCAAAUAUACUCAGGGGGUGGCUAACCAAUUCCGCUGCGUGCACUUCCACGACCCGCUUCAUUUUGGCGCUGAUCUGAGGGCAAACAUUACCGGCAGCCUUCACGUAUUUCCCGAGCAUCCGUUCUGCCGCUUCGACUUCCAGCUGACCGGCGGCGACAAAAAAGACGUCGGGCACGAAGCUGUGCGAGUCGUGCUGCGUCUGGGAAGUUUGCAGCUUUGG